AUGGGUCAAAAUGAGGAGGAUGUGUGCUUCCCAAUGAUAAAGAGCGACGAGCGUACUGGUAUUGACUUUGUUGAACUGGACUCUUUCGUAGAAGAGUCCACUAGAGUUGCUUAUACGCGUGGUGAUGAUGAUUUUGCUCAUCAUCGCAAGUCUGUUGGUGGCCGUUUCCAGGCCAAUCACAGACCUUUAGCUCCGCAGGCUAUAGGAAUCCAAACUGACAGACAAAGCACUAGCAAUAUCAACAGUUCAAAUUCGCCGGAUAGUCAACCCUCUUCAGAUAUGACAAAAGUUGGCGUUGAUUUGAAUGAGAAGUUACACAUCAACUCUUCUUUGAAUUUGGGAGCUCGCGAAAAGAACCUACUAGUACCUGCUAAAUCAAGAGUUCAGGAGUAUCCUGAGGAGCCUGCAAAUCCUUAUCAAAACGCAACUUUCACAGACUCAUCCAAGGGAUCUUCUUCUCCUGAUAUUGAUAGAUUUAGUUUCUUUGCCGCCGAUUCUGAAGAGACAGUCCAUGCCACUAACCUGCCUUCCCUUCUCGACGACGGGCAAUCAUUCAAAGAUUUGUUCACCGAUGAGAACGGAACUUGGUGGCUAGACUGCCUGGAUCCUACGGAAGGCGAAAUGAGAGUUUUAUCUAAGGCUUUCGGCAUACAUCCUUUGACAGUUGAAGAUAUUCGAACUGAAGAAUCUCGUGAAAAGGUUGAAUUAUUUAGAGACUAUUAUUUUGUCUGUUUCCAUACAUUUGAUUCAGACCCUGAAUCCGAAGAUUUCUUGGAACCGAUUAAUAUGUACAUCGUUGUUUUCAGAGAUGGUAUCCUCUCCUUCCACUUCUCUCCUUUACAACAUAGUAUUAAUGUUAGACGUCGUAUCCGACAACUAAGGGAUUAUGUGAGUGUGUCUGCAGACUGGAUAUGUUAUGCUUUGAUCGAUGAUAUUACUGAUUCUUUUGCUCCUAUCAUUCAUGAAAUCGAGGUCGAAACUGAUAUUAUUGAAGAUUCUGUAUUUGUUGCUCGUGAAUCAGAUUUCGGACAUAUGCUUCGAAGAAUUGGCGAGGCUAGAAGAAAAGUUAUGACUCUUCUUCGUCUCUUGUCUGGUAAAGCGGAUGUCAUCAAAAUGUUCGCAAAGAGAUGUAAUGAGCAAUGGGACAAUGCUCCUAAAGGUGAAAUUGGACUUUAUCUGGGCGAUAUUCAGGAUCAUAUCAUUACCAUGUAUCAAAAUUUGUCUGCAUAUGAGAAAAUUUUCUCCCGCUCUCAUGCGAAUUACUUGGCCCAAAUUCAAGUCGAAUCAGUUUACUCCAACAAUCGUGUCACUCAAAUCCUUGGAAAGGCCACUAUCAUUGGUACUGUCCUUGUUCCGAUGAAUUUAAUCACUGGUUUGUUCGGUAUGAACGUCAAGAUUCCUGGUGAAGCCGGUCCUAAUCUAGGUUGGUUCUUCGGUAUUGUUGGAUUCAUCCUGCUCAUGGUUCUUGUUCUGGGUCUUCUGGCUCAGAGAUGGAUGGAUACAAGCGUCCAGGCUGUUGAUCAACAAUCAGGCGGUAGUCGUCGUGCGGGGUCUAUUUUCUCUCGCCGUUCUCGUUCUCUGACUACAGGCCGUGGUGUUUAG